AGAGGUGGCCAUUUUGGAUUCGGGCGGAAAUGAACUCAAAAGCGGCCGAUUAAAAACCCAAACAUGAAAACCGGUACGCCCCUGCAGUCGGGCUGAAGACACACGCAGAGAGGCUUCUCUGCCGCCAGAGCCGGCUGCCGGGAGCAGGCGUGCGGUGCGGGCUCCCCUGGUGCCCACACCUCCCCCGGGCCCUCGCUCUCGCAGCACCUGGGCGGCCACUCUAGCUCGGUUCCGGGUUGGCGCCUCGGUGGUGGCGUCGGAGGACCUGAAGGCCCGGCUGUUGAGCCGCUUCCGGGCCCUCGGAGAGCCGCCGGAGCGGGGUCCUCGGGGUGACUGUGGGUGGCGGAGCCGGGGUCUGAGCGUCGGAGCCAGCCGCGGGCCGAGAGGGAGCUGAGCCGCCAGCCUCCUCCCGCCGCCCGCAGAGCUGUUUGGAUUUGAGGAGGAGCUGCAGUUCUACCUCACGGCAACAGCUAUGGGAUCAGAGAACAGUGCUUUAAAGAGCUACACACUGAGGGAGUCUCCUUUUACCUUACCAUCUGGACUUGCUGUUUAUCCUGCCAUACUGCAAGAUGGGAAAUGUGCUUCAGUGUUUGUAUAUAAGCGAGAAAAUGAAGACAAGGUUAACAAGGCUGCCAAGCACUUAAAGACACUCCGUCACCCUUGCUUGCUAAGAUUUUUAUCUUGUACUGUGGAAGCAGAUGGCAUUCACCUUGUCACUGAGAGAGUGCAGCCUCUGGAAGUGGCCUUGGAAACCCUGUCUCCUGCAGAAGUCUGUGCUGGAAUCUAUGACAUACUGCUGGCUCUUAUCUUCCUCCAUGACAGAGGACAUUUGACACACAACAAUGUCUGCUUAUCGUCUAUUUUUGUGAGUGAGGAUGGGCACUGGAGGCUUGGAGGCAUGGAGACUGUGUGCAGAGUUUCUCAGGCCACGCCAGAGUUUCUCAGGAGUAUCCAGUCAGUAAGAGACCCAGCAUCCAUUCCUCCCGAGGAGAUGUCUGCAGAAUUUUCAGCCCUUCCCGAGUCCCAAGGACACGCCCGGGAUGCCUAUGCCUUUGGGACUUUGGUGGACAGCUUGCUCCCCAUCUUCAAUGAGCAGGUUUCAGCGGACAUUCUCUCCAGCUUCCUACAGAGCCUGCACUCAGCUCUGCUGAACCCCACGCCCGAGUGUCGGCCAGCACUCAGCACCUUACUGUCCCAUGAUUUCUUCAGAAAUGAUUUUCUAGAAGUUGUGAAUUUCUUGAAAAGCUUGACAUUAAAGAGUGAAGAUGAAAAGACUGAAUUUUUCAAAUUUCUGCUGGACCGGGUGAGCUGCCUGUCAGAAGAAUUAAUAGCUUCAAGAUUGGUGCCUCUUCUGCUUAACCAGCUGGUGUUUGCUGAGCCAGUAGCUGUUAAGAGUUUUCUUCCCUAUCUACUUGGACCUAAAAAAGAGAAUGCACCAGGAGAAACUCCUUGCUUGCUCUCGCCAGCGCUGUUCCAGUCCCGAGUGAUCCCUGUGCUUCUCCAGCUGUUCGAGGUACAUGAGGAGCAUGUACGGAUGGUGUUACUGUCCCACAUCGAGGCCUACGUGGAGCACUUCACUCAGGAACAGCUAAAGAAAGUCAUCUUGCCACAGGUACUACUGGGCCUACGGGAUACCAGCGAUUCCAUUGUGGCAAUUACUCUCCGUAGCCUGGCAGUGCUGGUGUCUUUACUUGGACCAGAAGUGGUUGUGGGAGGAGAACGAACCAAGAUUUUUAAGCGCACUGCUCCAAGCUUUACCAAAACUAGUGACCUUUCCCCCGAAGGUUCUCCCAUGCAUGUUGUCUGCAGCCAGCAGAGUCGGGUCUCAAAAGUCUUGGAGAACCCCUCCUCUAACGUAUUCCCUAAAUGGUUGUCUGGCAACAUGCCCAGCAACAGCAGGAAGCACAUACAGGAAGACUAUUACAAUACUCUUUUACAGACAGGUGAUCAGUUUUCUCACACUAUUAAAUUCCCUAUGAAUGGACUCUCAGAUGUGAAAAACACUUCAGAGGACAAUGGAAGUGUCCCUGCAGGUUCUAAUAAGCCUGAGGAGUGGCCUGACUGGAGUGAGCCUGAGGAGCCUGAGCAGCAGACUGCCAGUAUUCACAUAAGGCCCCGAGAACCCUGUGAUGUAGCAGAGUCCCAGCACACAAGUCUGACCGCAGAGGAGUUGACCCGGGAUAACUGUGAGUCUGGCUUUGGCACUGAAAUAAACACAACAGCUACAGCCUCUGCUCCUGUGCCUGUUACCUCAGGAGGACAGACAAUCUCUGCAGCUUUGGUUCCUCUCACUGAAGAGUCAAAGCCUUUGCAAUCCAGUCCUUCCUCAAAGACCAGUCACAGACAGCAUGGGGAAGUCAAACCACCCCAAGUGUCACAAGAAAGACCCCCGAGGGCUCGGUCAGAGCUUGGUUUGGGAGAAGAGUUUACCAUUCAAGUAAAAAAGAAGCCGGGACAAGAUCCAGAGUUGGACUGGUUUGCAGAUAUGACCCCAGAAAUUAAGCCUUCGGGUACUUUUCUAAUUUUGCCUGAACUAAGGACAGAAGUGAUGGUCCCUGACAAGGAUAAUGUCUCAUCAGUGAUGAAGUUUUCCUCAAAGUUUGCUGCAACAGAAAUGACCGAGGGAGAGGCAGAAGGCUGGGAAGGAGAAGAGCUAGCCUGGGAAGAUAACAACUGGUGACAAUAAUGAAAAGCUUCAGGAAGAAUUUUCAAAGAAUUAAUACCUCAACGCAAGCUGCAUGGAUGCAAAACCCCAAAGCAGCUUGUGUUCCCCACACCAGGAGCUCUUUUUUACAGUCUGUGCCAACUCAAGCAGAGACCAACCUCAGGUUGCUGACUAAGUCCUGGUGGCAAAAGGCUUCAGUGCCAGAUUCCAGGAGGAAGUGCUGUGUGCACUUGACUGAGGCCAGUUUUCAUACAAAGCAAAUAGCUAAAGAAGUGCUUUUUUCCAGGUCAAUUCUGGAAGUAAAGAAAAAACAAAAUCAAGCUGGUAAGCUUAAUUUUUGUGCCAUUUCUUUAAAAGUAAAAGAGUAAAUUCUAUUAUGAAAUAACUUAGUGGAAAAAGAAAACAAACUUCCAACUGUAAAUUAUAACUUCAAACUGCUAAGGCUCCUUAGGCAAUUUGUUUGUUUACAGUCUAUCCCUGAGAAAAGAAAAGUCCCUCUCCUUUGGACCUGGGCAGUUACUGUCUCACCUGGAUUACACUGUACCAAAGCUCUCAAUGAGAAAUAUCCACCCCCAUCUCCCAUCUUGUUCUCUAUGUCAAAUAAAGAUUAUUUUCACACUUAAGCUCUUUUAUGUGCUAUGAAAAUAUACAAACGUAAUUUACAUUCACAAUUUCAUUUACAAAACACCCAGGCAAGGCAUCUUAAGAGUCAACCCAGUUCUGUCCAAUACACAGUCCAUUCAUAUUUUACCCUGUAAGCACACAGCAUUUUAGCUUCUCGAUCCUUUCUUGUAGUGUCUCCAGUUCCGGCAGCAGCCAUGCUGGAGCAAGAGAGUGUUUGAGUAAAAACUCAGUUGUCUCCAAAGCCCUUGCUGCAGCUUUAAAUAUUGAUCUGUAUUCAUCUUCAAAGGGCAACACCUGACGGGCUCUCUUUGUGCGAGGCUGGAAAAUAAGGAAACCAUGACAUAAUACUCAUUCUAAAAAUAAUGUAAGAGAAACUGUAGUCACGGGAUCAUGAAGAAGACAGCCUUCCCACUUACAUUAAUAAUAACCUAAAUGUGCUAACUACUCUCCGCGUCCUAACUUGUAUGUGGCAGACAAAAAGAGACACCCUGUGCUAUGGUUCCCAAUGAUAAAUGCUGUCUUGUCCAACAACUAUCCAUGAGUUGUCUUUAAAAACAUCAUUAAGGAAAUAAAAUGUGAAUUUCCUAAUAAGUUAGUAAACACUGAGAGCCAUAAUAGCUUUCAACAUGCUUUUGGAGCCAGUUUAGGAAAACUAAGGCUCCAGACAUCUUGCAUAGAAGGGGAAGAGGAACUGAGGUGAAACCCAGACAUAUCUAACAACUGGUUUUUCAAAUUCACAGGGCUUAUGAACAUAACUGACUUAAAUUGAACUUUAUAUAUAUUCAGGCCUACAGCUACAUCUAAGGAAACAAAUGACUAUUGCACUAUAAACCUAGAACAUUGUUUUCCUUAUGAGCCUACAAUUCCCUAUUAUAUCACCUGUGUUCAAAACACAAUUUUGAAUGUAUGUAGUCAUGUCAAUUUCUGCCAAUUAAUAGGUACAUGUGAUAUUUGAGAAAAGUGAUUAUUGUUGAUGAGAUGAAUCGAACAAGCUGUCUGACAUCUAAGUGUCAGAAAAUGCAUUUAUGUCAUCAUUGGUAUAAUAUGCAAUUACCAAUAAUAAAGAGUAUAUUUGGUAUAAUGGUUACAAUUA